AUGCGUACUCGCUCGCAGAUGAUGUCGCCUGGUGGCUUCGUCUCCCUAGAUGACCACAAUCCCGCUCCCCGCGCCACUAGAUCGACGAGAAGCAACUCGCAGCAGUCCGCCGCCGAAGAAGAACAGCCCGCCCCUCGCCCGAAGGCAACGCGCGCUAAGAAAGCGUCUUCUACAACCAUCAAAAAGCCUGCCAGCAAGAAAAAGGCGACUACAAAGAAGCGCACAACGCGCCGGACUACUCGCAAAACUGGUCAAUCCGAUCCCGAGGAGACCGAACAGCACCAGACCGAAGAGAACGAGAACGCCGAACCCACCGCUUCGCAAGCGGAACCAAUCUCACAGGAGAACGGAAGCACUGAAGUAGGCCGGGACUCCAACGCUACAGAGAGAGCGGGGCUAAUGUACAACACAGACAAGAAGCGUCGUCGCCCAACCAAUGAAGACAACAACGACAACGACGGAGAGCCAAUCACCCCCGCUGCGAAUAAGCGGCGCAACCUUGGCAUUCCCGGAAGUACUCCCUUCUCUCACGCCAGUCCCUUGCCUCGCCGUGUGACCGCCAAUAUCACCCCAUUCUCAGAGAGACUUCGCCGUCGCAACGCCGAGUCGCAAGGCCGCAUUUAUAGAACCAGUCUUCGCAUCUCGCAAUACCUUGCUCAGGAGGACGCUGACCGUCUCGCUUCUGAGAGGACCCCAGUUCCGGGAGAAGAUAUUACGAUUACUGAACCUUUCCCAAGCUUCGUGGAUAUCGAACCGCCUCAGGAACAAAUUGCGCAGGAACCGGAACCGACACAGCAACCUACCACUCCGGACCGUCCUGCGAGUGGCUGGAGAAUCCGCGGGCUCUUGAACUCUGUCCCUCGCAGACUUUCUCGUCUCAUUCCCACUUUUGGUCGGACCCCCGAAAGAAAUGACAAUCAGGUGCCAGCAGAACCAUCAACCGAACCGCUCAACCGUACACAGCCUAGAGCGUUCGUUCCUUCGAACAGAACAGUGUCGCCCACUCCCAAGAGUAAGGGCUCGACCCAAGAGCCGCAGCGUGAUCUCUCCUUCUCCCUGUUCCCUGCUACUAUUGACAGAUCUCGCUACCUUGACGAUAAACCUAAACCCACCCCCAAGUCUGUCCAACAGAUCCCUGCCGCGGCUCUAUCCAAAGCUUCUGAGUCUUCGGCCGUUGCAUCGAACCCCAAUGAUUCUGGUGAUUCCAUUGCCGAAGCCAGCAUAACUCGAGGCCGCAAUUCUGCCCCAGGAGAGUCUAGCACCUCCACUCCAAGCCAGAAGAAGCGCAAGCGGGCCCCUUCCCCUGAUGUGAUCCCUAACCCGCCUGGAUGCAGCUAUGGAAUGUACGAGGACUAUUUCGUGAUCUCUGACGAUGACGAAGAAGAUGAGGAGCCUGAACUCCCACAAACCGAACUCAAGAAACAAGACAUGAAAGGAAAGUCCGCCAUUCGCAGUGUUCUCCGGUCCGAGCGUCCAGCUUCGAAGAAAGUUCGAUUCGAUGCCAGUCCCCAGGAUACCCCAUCCAAGCUUAGAUUGAAGCCUCGUGCCACCGAUCCAUACACUGGACAGCAUUUCAUCGGCAUGGAUCUGUCUGGCGAAUCGAGUAACUCAUCCUCGUCUCUGCCUCUGAACACCGCUUCACAGGCCGAACAGUCCACUAUUUACCCGGAUCCGCGGAGUCGCCCAGGCUUCAUUCCCAAUCGUGAUGGUACUUUUGAAACCCCUUAUUCUGAUACUUCUUCUGAUGUCUCAGAAGAAGAUACCCCAGCUCCUGGCUUUGUAUGUUCUUCCUUUUGUCUUGAUGAGCCCAGGCAAGGCACCGGCUUGCUAACCAAUCUUCUUUCUAGCACAUCAUCCGAAGAGACUCGCGUGACUCCGCAGCAGGCGCUUGUCCCUCCUACCACUCCAGCCAAGGUCGAAGAUGAUGCUCUUGCUCGAGUCCGCUCGCAAGCAGAGAAAUACAAACCCAAGACGCCCAGUGGACUCCGCACUGCGAGCCGCUAUUCGAGCCCUUUGACCCUUGCUACUACCCCUGACACAGUCUCCGCACCUAUUGCUACUCCCAGCACGGUCCCCGUACCUGUCGCUAGUCCCGAGCGUGCAUCCAGCGUCGAGGGCUUCGGUGACGACCAAUUUGCUCGCGAUGCUCAGUGGCUCUAUGAGAAUUGCCCAAAUGGAGACCUCUCUGAGCUUGUCUGGCCGGAAGCCGAGAGUUAUGAAGAUAUGGGCUUCAGUGCCGAGGCAGUUCGCAUCGCCAAUGAAUUGUGGGAUCCUUCAGUGGUCGACCACGCUUACGAUAAUAUCUGGACGCCCGGCUUGGAAGCGUUCAGGCGCGAAAUGGAAACUGGAUUUCCGCACGCCGCACUUGCAUAA